CACGAGAACUACCUACUCUGUCUGUCCCUGGCGUCCAGCCGUCCAUACUUCUUCAACUUUCCUCUCCUUAGUAAUUCACCAUUGAAAAUUCAUCCUUCUCGUUAAAAGUACUCUUCCCUACAUAUAUAACUCCACAAACUAACUUGUCCUCCUUCCAAUCUUUGCUUUAUAUACAACAUAACCAAACCUCUCGGGGUGUUAUUUCCCUAUCUAUGCUGAAAAAGCAUUGAGCUUGCAUGCUAGUGCUGGUUUGAAAAUUUUUUAAAUUAGUUUUUCGGUCGAAGAAUUCGCCGGAGAAAAUGCAAAGCCCGGAAACUCAGCAUUAUCAUCACCAUUCGGACAAUGAGAUCAUCGGCAAUGAUAGAACAAGCUACAGCGGUCCGCUGAGCGGACCUCUGAACAAAAGGACCGGCAAAAAAAGUGCAAGAUUCAACGUCCGUGAUUCCGCCGGCAAUGCCAAUUCCAGCUCCGGAAACAACAACGACGAUGCAUACGUCGAGAUCACUCUCGACGUUCGCGAUGACUCCGUGGCGGUUCACAGCGUAAAAACCGCCGACGGAGCUCCGAUAGAAGACCCCGAGUUGGCAUUGUUGGCAAGAGGGUUGGAGAAGAAAUCAUCGUUUGGUUCAUCAGUGGUGAGAAAUGCCUCGUCCAAGAUUAGGCAGGUUUCACAGGAGCUCAAGCGUCUGGCUUCGUUAUCAAAAAGGCCUCAAAUGGGAAAAUUUGAUAGGACUAAGUCAGCUGCGGCUCAUGCUUUAAAGGGCUUGAAGUUCAUCAGCAAAACUGAUGGUGGCGCCGGUUGGGCCGCGGUGGAGAAGCGGUUUGAUGAGCUCACAGACACCACCAAUGGGUUGCUUCCUCGUUCACUCUUUUGUGAAUGCAUAGGUAUGAACAAGGAGUCUAAAGAAUUUGCUGGGGAGCUUUUUGAUGCUCUUGGUCGGAGGCGGAAUAUUACCGGAGGUUCGAUCAAUAAAGCACAGCUUAAAGAGUUUUGGGACCAAAUUUCUGAUCAGAGUUUUGAUUCUCGACUUCAAACUUUCUUUGACAUGGUUGAUAAAGAUGCGGAUGGCAGAAUUACGGAAGAUGAAGUCAGAGAGAUUAUUACCCUCAGUGCUUCAGCCAACAAGCUUUCAAACAUUCAGAGACAGGCCGAUGAAUAUGCUGCAUUGAUCAUGGAAGAGUUAGACCCAAACAACUGUGGAUUUAUUCUGAUAGAACAUUUGGAGAUGCUAUUGUUACAAGCUCCAAAUCAAUCCGUAAGAGGUGAAAGCAGGAACCUGAGUCAAAUGCUAAGCCAGAAACUGAAACCAACAACGGACCACAGUUUUGUAAGGAGAUGGUGUCAAGAUUUGAAGUACUUGUUGCUAGAUAACUGGCAAAGAGUCUGGGUAAUUGCCCUGUGGAUUGGGGUCAUGGCUGGUUUAUUUUCUUGGAAGUAUGUUCAGUACAAAAGGAAAAAACCAGCAUAUGACGUAAUGGGAGCUUGUGUUUGCAUGGCCAAGGGGGCGGCCGAAACAUUGAAGCUGAACAUGGCAUUAAUCUUGCUACCGGUCUGUCGAAACACCAUCACCUGGCUUAGAAACAAGACGAGAUUAGGUGCUGCUGUUCCAUUUGAUGACAACCUCAAUUUUCACAAAGUGAUAGCAGUGGCAAUAGCAAUUGGUGUCGGAAUACAUGCAAUUGCUCAUCUAUCGUGUGAUUUCCCUCGGAUCCUACAUGCAUCUCCUGCAAAAUACCAGGCAUUGAAGCCUUAUUUUGGAGUAGAACAACCUGCAAGCUAUUGGCAUUUUGUGAAGAGCGUGGAGGGAGUAACCGGGAUCAUAAUGGUGGUCCUGAUGGCAAUAGCAUUCACCUUAGCCACCCCAUGGUUUAGGCGUAACAGGGUCAACCUACCAAGACCCUUCAAGAAACUCACUGGCUUCAACGCCUUCUGGUAUUCCCACCACCUUUUUGUCAUUGUCUACGCUCUCCUCAUCGUUCAUGGUGUCAGGCUCUACUUGACCCACAAAUGGUACAAGAAGACGACAUGGAUGUACCUGGCAGUUCCAAUCGCACUCUAUGCUGGUGAGAGAUUGAUCAGAGCAUUUAGGUCAAGUAUUAAGGCUGUUAAAAUACUCAAGGUGGCUGUUUAUCCGGGGAACGUGUUGGCUCUUCACAUGUCAAAGCCGCAGGGCUUCAAAUACAAAAGUGGGCAGUACAUGUUCGUCAACUGCGCCGCUGUGUCUCCAUUCGAAUGGCACCCAUUCUCCAUAACUUCGGCCCCUAGAGAUGACUACUUGAGCGUCCAUAUUCGAACUCUUGGUGACUGGACCAGACAACUCAGAACUGUUUUCUCAGAGGUAUGUCAGCCUCCACCUACAGGGAAAAGCGGACUCCUCCGAGCUGAUUGUUUGCAAGGAGAAAACAAUCCCAAUUUCCCAAGGGUGUUGAUUGAUGGACCAUAUGGAGCGCCAGCACAAGACUACAAGAAAUACGACGUGGUCUUGCUGGUGGGGCUGGGAAUAGGGGCAACGCCGAUGAUCAGCAUAGUUAAAGAUAUUGUGAACAACAUGAAAGCCAUUGAAGCAGAGGAGAGUGCCUUGGAGGAUGGCACCAGAGCACCAGAAGACGGCGGCCCUGUUCCUCCAAAUUCUAGUCCCUUGACACAGAAGAGAAAAUCAGGGUCAGGAAGUGGAGGGAACUUCAAAGCAAAAAGGGCAUAUUUCUAUUGGGUCACAAGAGAACAAGGUUCAUUUGAUUGGUUCAAGGGAAUAAUGAACGAAGUUGCUGAAAUGGACAAGAAGGGAGUGAUAGAGAUGCAUAACUACUGUACUAGUGUUUAUGAAGAAGGUGAUGCUCGAUCCGCCCUGAUCACUAUGCUUCAGUCACUCAACCAUGCCAAACAUGGAGUUGAUAUUGUUUCCGGAACCCGCGUUAAGUCUCAUUUUGCCAAGCCAAAUUGGCGUAACGUAUACAAACGCAUCGCUCUCAAUCAUACGAGUGCAAGAGUUGGGGUUUUCUACUGUGGGGCACCCGCACUUACCAAGGAAUUGAAGCAGCUAGCUUCCGAUUUUUCUCACAAGACCUCCACCAAAUUUGAUUUCCACAAAGAGAACUUUUGAUGAGAAGGAAUUUUCAACGCGUACGGCUCCGGAAAAGCCCUUCCCUCUGGACUCCACUCUCUCUCGCGACCCUGUACAGACGAUAUGGCAGAUUAGUUUGAAAAUAUUUUAUUGCGUUGGCUUUGUGCUGUGUUAUAAAUAACAACCAACCAUGGACUUAUAGGAGUGGCGGACAAUCACGACUUUAAGAAAAGGAGAAAUGGAGGACGAGAACAUAAUAGUGGAAUUGGUCCUGUUUAGUUGGUGGCCCACCCAUCAUUUGGUGUAUGCCAGACUUUAUUUUUUAUUUUUUUUUGAAACUUGGAGUAUAGCAGAUGAUGAUAGUAGUAUUAGUAGAUGCUAUAUAGUAUAGUAUAGUAUAAUUUUGACUGGCUUGACAAGCAGUAUGGCGAAAGCGUCAUUUGGAGUCACUGAGUUUUUUUUUUUUUUUUUUCCCAAUUGAAUUAGUUUUUUAUACUGUUUGUUUAAUACACUAUAUGGAGGAGGCAUAAAGAUAAUGGUGAUGCACUACUGUAAUGUUUGGUGUGUAAUGGAAAAGAUCAACCACCAACCCCAAAUUAUUGACCGUGUAAAUGUAAUACAAUGUACAUCUUUCUAUACAAGUAUUAUCAUUGUUGUAUACAAGAGUUGAUUUGUUCUUUCCGCUUGAAUAAAGAUGUAAUGUAAUGAUCCGCUUGGAAAUGA